CCACCAUUCAUGCUCAGCCCCUGCGCUCGCCUCCCUUAAUAUUGGUUGUUCCCUCGUCACUUUCUGGUAUUCCUUUCGCGUUUGGUUUUGACGUCUCUUCGUUUUGGUCAUUCCUCUGGCCUUUUCCUCCACCGACCGUACCCACGUCCACCCUUCGAGGGGUAGUAUAUUGAUGCGAUGCCAGAAGAUAUCGAGAUGACUAGGAUGGGGCAGGGAGAGAGAAAGAGGAAGGGUGGUCCACCAGAAGAGACGGAAUAUCGGCCGGUGAAUUGGAAGAAGAUCUUCUUGUCGCCUAAGUACAUACCAUGGCAUAUCCUGUUUAUUGCAAUCGGUGUCGCGACAGCGAUGUUGACAAUACAUCACAAUGAAGUCGUGAUGAAACUCCGCCCCUUCUCAGAGAAAGUCCGCGACCUCCCAGCGGGAUGGCUUAUUCCAGUCGCGAUAUUGAUUAUCAUAUCAUUUCCACCGCUAUUCGGCCAUGAGAUCAUAGCAGUACUAUGCGGUGUUGUGUACGGCCUGUGGAUCGGCUUCGCUAUUGUUGCAGCCGGUACCUUCAUCGGCGAAAUCGGUACAUGGUUCGCAUUCAAGUAUGCGCUACGUCGCCGAGCCGCAAAACUUGAGCGGACAAAUCUAAACUACGGCGCGCUGGCGCGCUUGACGAGAGACGGGGGAUUUUGGAUCGUCCUAGUAAUCCGCUUUUCCGCCAUCCCGGCCCACUUCUCUACCGCCGUCUUCUCCACCUGUGACGUCAAGUUCUGGUUCUUCGUCAUCGCGACCUUCAUUUCGCUUCCAAAACAAAUCUUCCUCGUCUACCUCGGCGUCCUGCUCAUCCAAGAGAAAAACGACAACGUAGAGAAGAUAGUAAUGUUUGGUGCUGUGUUCGUUGUUACGAUUAUUAUGGCGGGAUGGAUUUGGUAUAAGAUGCGGGCGAUUAAGAAGGUUUUGUUGGAGGAGCAGAGGAAGAGGAAGGAAGCAAAGGAGAAGGAAGAGGAGCUGGAGGGCGGGGGUCAGGAAUGGGGGUAUAUGAGUGAUAGGGUGGCUCCUGAGCCGGAGAGGAGUUACUAUCCCGGACGAAUGGAGCCGCCGGGGACGCCGGGGAGGGCGUUUUGAUACCCCCGGAGCGAGAGGGGGUGCGUGGGGUGCUUUCAUGUUGAUGCUUGGAGGCGUUGUCACGCUCAUAAUGUUUUAGGUUGUCUGCUACGCUACCUACGAUGGGGGAGAUGGCGCAGAGACCAAUCUGU